AUGGAAGAAAGUGAGGAAUUUAGCGGAAGGACGACGGAAAACACGAAGAAGAAGCUACGCAGGAUUUCUUCGAGGACCUCUACCACCAGUGUGAUCAGCGCCGCUGAGCCAUCUCCUCAAAGUCUGCGGAGAAAUAACUCAAAGAAACCGCCCCUGCAGAGAGGCAGCUCCUUCACCUUCCUCACUCCAGGGACUCCGUGGGACUUCACUUUAAAAAGGAAGCGCAAAGAAAAGGAGGAUGACACCGUCAGUUUGUCCAGCUUCGACCUCAAGGAACCCAGUAACAAGCGCGUGCGACCGCUGUCCAAAGUUUCGUCCCUCGUCAACCUGAUGUCUCCCUCGAAGCAUGGAGCCGUGCGGCGUUUUGGCCAGACAAUCCAGUCGAUGUCUUUACGUGGCGACAUCAAGUCGCCGGCGAUGACUCGCAGAGCUGCCAGCAGGGCUUCAGGUCCGACUCCCACCAAACGCAGGAACAGCACUUUGUGGUCCGAGACGCUGGACGUCCAUCAGAAGAGCACGUUCUCAACUAAAGAGAUAAAGAGACAGGAGGCAAUUUAUGAACUGUUCAGGGGGGAGCAGGAUCUCAUUGAGGAUCUCCAGCUUGCACGAAAGGCGUACCACGACUCCAUGCUGAAGCUCUGCAUCAUGACGGAGGAGGAGCUGGCUCAUAUAUUUGGUGACCUGGAUGCCUACAUCCCCCUACACGAGUACUUGCUAAUGAAGCUGACAGAGGGGACCGGACCUGAUGGAACAGUAGCUCAGGUCGGACAGAUCAUUAUUGACUGGCUGCCUGGUCUGAACGCGUACAAAAACUACUGCAGCAACCAGCUUGCAGCCAAGGCCCUGCUGGACCAGAAGAAGCAGGACAGGCGGGUGCAGGAUUUCCUGCAGCGCUGUUUGGAGUCGCCCUUCAGCAGGAAGUUGGAUCUGUGGAGCUUCCUGGACAUCCCACGGUCACGCCUGGUGAAAUACCCGCUGCUGCUGCGAGAGAUCCUCAGACACACGCCCCCUGAUCACCCUGACGUAGCCAACCUGGAGAGAGCUAUCAUUAUAAUCCAGGACAUUUUGUCUGAUAUCAACGUGAGAAAAGGUGAGUCUGAGUGCCAGUAUUACAUAAACAAGCUGGAGUUUCUGGAUGAUAAGCAGCGGGACCCUCUCCUGGACAAAUGUAAGACCCUACUGUGUCACGGCGAGCUGCGCACAAAGAGUGGGUUGAGGCUACACGUGUUCCUCUUCUCUGGGCUGCUGGUUCUGACCCGACCUGUGACCCGUAACGAUAGGAGCCGCUUCCAGGUGUACCGACAGCCCAUCCCGGUAAAGGACCUGGCUCUGGAGGACCUCCAAGAUGGAGAGAUCCGCAUGGGAGGGUCCUUCAGGGGAGCUUUUACCAACGGAGAGAAAGCUAAGAAUAUUUUCCGUGUGAGCUCGACGUCCCGUGGCCAGUCCCACACGCUGCUCGUCAGCGACGUCUACCACAAGCAGCAGUGGCUCAACUGCGUGCGCUCUGCCAUGGCCCAGCAGCAGGGAGAGUCUGUCCAGACAAAACGCCGCUCCUCUUCCACGUCGGCGACGAUCUGCGACGAAGAGGCAGACGAGAACCGUCCACCUGUCUCCGGCCCCAAACUCAGGCCUCAGACGCUCUCCAGAACCAGACUGGGCCAGACGUUACCAGGACCACAGAGGAGGAAGGAGACUGGAGUGUAG